ACAAUCGAUACUUCUUAACGUGGGUCCAAAAACAGUAACAUCUUCUUUUGUCACUUCAUGUGUAAAUAGAUAGCUCUAGAAGACUUUACCUCAGCGCCCAAACCUACAAAAAAACAUUUAAGUACAUCUACAGUUUCACCUAUAUUCUUUUAGUCUCUUCUUCUUUACUCUAUUAAAGGAUCUAGAAACCUCCUUCACAACAAAGAGAGAGUGUGAGAGAGAGGUCUCUCCCAAAACAGAUCUUUUUUUACUUGUUUAUUUUUCUUACUCGGAAGGGAUGGAUCUAGAAGAUUGGGAACUACUCCCCAAAGAUCCCUACAAGGGUCUCGAUCAUGAAGAGGAUCAUGAGGCAGCGAUGAAGAUCAUUAGAAAUACCGAAAACAACUUCGACAUGGAGGAUUACUUCAUCUGCCCAACACAAGAUUCUGUCGGAAAAACAGUCCAUCGAAGAGUGGUCCCCACUCAGCUCCUCCAUGUUCCCGUAACUUGGGAACCCGUGUCCACCGUGGACGACACAGACCACAAGAAGAACCAGGACUCUGUUCCGUCUCCGAGGAUAACCUUCAAAACAGAGAAGGAAAACGAAUUUGUCGACAUGAAAGUAGACUUACCGGAGAGGUGCACAAGUCCUCUGCCUCUGAACGAUGAGAAACACUCUGUCUCGGGAGGAGAGUACCAUGAUGAGAUGGGAACAGAGGUUGAAGAAAGUGGUGGCUUGAGGCGCAAGAAAGAGGUUGAUUGGGAUGAAAAUGAGAACAUAUGUGGUGAAAGAACGAAUCUAUGGAAGAUGAGUCUUCAUGGAAUAGGAGCUAUAUGCUCAUUUGGUGUUGCUGCUGCUGCAGCCACCCUCUGUGUCUUCUUCCUUGGACACAACAAUAGCAUCAAAGGUUGCCGGAACAAGAAUAAGAACCAGAUCCUCAGGUUUCAGAUUUACUCUGAUGAUAAUAAGCGAAUGAAUGAAGUGGUGAAGCAUGCAACAAAGCUAAACGAAGCAAUCUCUGUGAUGAAAGGUCUUCCAGUGGCAAGAGCUCAGAUAUCUUUUGGAGGAUACUAUGAUGCACUUUGAGAUCACAAGCCAUAUCUGUUUAGAAUAAUAAAAACAUCAGAUCCAAAAUGUCUAGUGCUGUUUAAAUUACCAAACAGGCUCUUAUAUAUACUGUAUGAAUGUAGGAAAUUCAAUAAAUAAUGUUUAUAAAUUCUACAUUGUUUUUCGAAUGUAAAUUUUGUGAACGAUGAUGUACACGAGAUUAUACAAUUACUGAUUGGUUAUAAAAUCGACCAUGCAUUAAAA